AUGGCCGCCGAGCACAAUUCGUCGCCCCAGUCUGACGUCGCGGCGAACCCGGACCCUGCCCUCGAUGUGUCGCGCGAGCACUCCCAUCCGCACCUGCACCACGACGACACCGCCGAGAAGGGCCACCGGGACGAGAUCGCUUACUCCAAGGGCACUACCCACGGCGCCGCCACCAUUCCCGCCGAGUCCACCGUGCACCACCGCGGUGCCAGCGAGAAGAGCUUGGAGAAGGAGGGCGUGAUCGAUAUCGACGACGCCGAAAAGGGCAGCACCAGCCAAGUCGCCCGCGCCGAGGAUGAGAAGAAGCGCGGCCCUGUCGGCCGCUUCUACUCCAGGUUCAGGAUCUUUUUCCACCUGGCCAUCUGGCUGCUGUUCACUGGAUGGUGGAUCGCAAGUCUGAUCUUGCACCGCAAUGACAAGAACUGGAUCAUCCCAUUCUUGUUCUACCUGUGCGUCACACUUCGGAUCAUCUUCUUCCAUGUCCCGAUUUCCAUCGUCACGAAGCCCAUGCACUUCGUGUGGAGCAACACGGGGGUCCGCUUUGCUGCGCUCAUCCCCGAGAAGCUCAGGACGCCUGCUGCCGCCCUGCUGGUCGUCGCCGUCUUCCUCAUUGGCACCUUUGCCAGCCCCGAGAGCGCCGACAACACCAGGGCCAACCGUGCAGUCAGCAUCUUCGGCCUGAUCGUCUUCAUAUUCGGUCUCUGGGCCACGUCCCGGAACAGGAAGCGCAUCAUCUGGCACACCGUUAUUGUCGGUAUGCUGAUGCAGUUCAUCAUCGCCCUGUUUGUCCUGCGCACCACGGCCGGAUACGACAUCUUCAACUUCAUCUCCACUCUCGCCCGUGAGCUGCUUGGCUUCGCCGAUAAGGGUACCGCGUUCUUGACCGAGGAUACGAUUCCCGAGACGAUCCACUGGUUCCUGAUUACCGUUCUGCCGGCCAUCAUCUUCUUCGUCUCUCUCGUGCAGCUCCUGUACUAUGUCGGGCUCAUCCAGUGGUUUGUUGGCAAGUUCGCCACUUUCUUCUUCUGGGCCAUGCGCAUCUCUGGUGCCGAGGCUGUUGUCGCCGCUGCCUCCCCCUUCAUCGGCCAGGGUGAAUCUGCUAUGCUCAUCAAGCCCUUCAUUGCUCACCUCACCAUGGCCGAAAUCCACCAGGUCAUGUGUUCCGGUUUUGCGACCAUCGCCGGUUCCGUGCUUGUUUCGUACAUCAGCAUGGGCAUCAACGCGCAGGCGCUUGUCUCGUCUUGCGUCAUGAGUAUUCCUGCCUCGAUCGCCAUGAGCAAGCUCCGCUAUCCCGAGGAAGAGGAGACGCUCACGGCUGGUCGCGUCGUGGUUCCGGAUGAUGAUGAGCACCGGGCUGCCAACUUCAUCCACGCCUUCGCCAACGGUGCCUGGCUUGGUCUCAAGAUUGCUGGCAUGAUCCUGGCCAACCUUCUCUGCAUCAUCGCCCUGAUUGCGCUGAUUGACGGAUUGCUCACUUGGUGGGGUCGCUACAUUAACCUCGACGGCGACUAUGACUUGACCCUUGAACUCAUUCUGGGAUACCUCUUCUACCCCGUCGCCUUCUUGCUUGGCGUGAGCCGUGACAAGGGCGGCGCGGACCUCCUGCGCGUCGGCCGUCUUAUCGGACUUAAGAUCGUGGCCAACGAGUUUGUUGCGUACAGCGAUCUUACCACGGACCCCUACUACACCGAUCUCAGCAGCCGGUCUCGUCUCAUUGCGACAUAUGCUCUUUGCGGAUUCGGCAACAUCGGAUCUCUGGGCAACCAGAUUGGUGUGCUGUCGCAACUGUCUCCCGGUCGUUCGGGCGACGUCUCCCGCGUGGCCGUGUCGGCUCUUCUCACGGGCAUCCUGGCCACGCUGUCGUCGGCCAGUAUUGCGGGCAUGGUGAUUAUCGAUCAGGAGAGCUUCUUCACGCCGAGCUCCCUUCUUUCACGUCGCACACGUACCAGCCAAACCGUACUGGCGGCCGCCGCAAUGGCAGCGCAUCUUGACAGCUUCGACUUCAGCGCCAUGUCCUGUCUGGGCGUGCCGGGCCCACUGCCCGUCGCCGCGGGGGAGCAGCACCACCCCCAGCACCAGUCGUCAAUGUCGUCGUCCUCGGCCGCCGGCAAGCAGCCCAUCCCGCUGGCGUGCGUCGCCUGCCGGUCCAAGCAUCUGAAGUGCAGUGGCGGCGAGCCGUGCACGAGAUGCGCCACCGACGGGAGCGAAUGUAGCUACGUCAAGUCACGCAGGGGGUACAAAGGCCCACGGAAGAGGACUGCGGGUGAUCAGAUGGGCAGGCCGUCCCCAAGAGAAUCGCGGCCGGAUCAGCAGGCGUGUGCGGUUGGGCCCGCAGCGGCGGCAGCCAUCUCCGUCAGCCCUCCCUCGCAACAGCACGAGCAAUCGCCGUCCUUCGCGGCGCUAGAGGCGCUCACAGCGGGUGGUAACUCGUCGUCGCCAGAUCAGUUUGGCAGCUUCACAUUUCAAUCCGCCGAGGCGAUGACUGUCAGCCCGCAGAGCCAAGUGACGGCAGCACCGAAGCUGCUCAACCAUCGGCAGGGCGAGUGUGGGCUCUCAAACAUGGUGUGCAGCGCUUUCUUCUCUUUCUUCGCCCCGGCCCAUCCGUUCUUGAUGCCCCGUAGCUACCUACUUGACUGGCUUUGUGGCAGUAACAGCAAACGCCAACCUCAUCUCGAGAUGGCAAUCCAGUACAUCGGAGCCUGCUACGUGCCCCAGGCCUCGCCUCACCUCACGGAAGAGGCGCUUCGGUACACUCUGUUCCAGCAGAAUCUGCCCAGAGAUGGCUUUAUGGUCCAGGCGCUGCUGCUUUACGCCAUUGGCCUCAAGGCCAACGACAGAUCAGUCAUGGCCGAUGACAUGCUGUCGAAGGCCAUUGAGAUUGCGCUCGCCAUCGGCAUGAACGAGCGGGAUUUUGCCAUCCGCAACGGCUGUGGCAACCGCGUAUUGGAGGAGAGCUGGAGGCGGACGUGGUGGGAGCUGUACGUUGCCGAUGGCUUUUUUGCAGGCGUCAGCCAGCGCACCAAUUUUCGGCUGAGGGACGUUCUGACUGACGUCCCUCUGCCGUGCGAGGAGGCCGAAUAUGCUUCGGGGACGGCUUUCCAGUACGUCCCUCUGUCGGGGACGCUCGAGGAAUAUGACGCCUCGGCUUUUGCGGAAGACGACGUGGAGUAUUCAUCGUUUGCGUACCGGAUUGACGCCGUGCGAAACCUGGGUAUAGUAUUAGCCGUGACGAGCGAAGACGUGCUCGAUUUCCGCGCCAUCGAGACUGCCGAUUCGUGUCUUGUGAACUGGUCGUUGCACCUACCGGACAGCAAACGGGAGGCCGUCUCCCACGACGGUCAGCUAGACCACAUGGUAUUCCAAGCACACAUGAUAACAGAUACAAGCACCAUCCUCCUCCACAAGCCGCGCUCGACGCUCGACGCCUACCGCUCGGCCGACGACAUCCGCACGUGCGUCAAGCAGUGCGCGCCGCUCGUGUCGACGCAGGCGCGCGAGACGCACACGGCAAAGUGCGCCGCGGCGGCGCGGCGGCUCUCGCGCCUCGUGCGCCUCCCCGUCCAGCCGCUGACGAAGCUCACCCCGUUCUUCACGUGCGCCGUCGUCAUGGCCUCCGUCGUCCACCUCUCCGCCUGGUCGCUCGUCCCGCCCAACGCGGGCGGCUCCGACAACGUCGGUGCCAACAACAACAACAGCUGCGCCGGUGCCGGCGCCGCCCUUUUGCAAGACGCGUGUUGUCCCAACCCGUCGUCUUCGCUGGAUCAGGCUGGGAACAUGCCCCCGCCCGUAGCGGCGGGGCCGCCAACUGACGCCGCCGACGACGCGGUGCUCAAGGAACUCAUCCGGCUGAGCAUGGGCGCGCUGAAGAAGCUGGCGGCGCAGUGGCCGCUGGCCAAGACGGCGGCGGGCCAGGUGCGGGGCGUGGCCGGGGAGCUGUUCCGGGCCAAGAGGGAGGUGCGGAGGCUGUGGAACGAGGUCGCGGCCGAGGACAUACUGCGGAUGAUUGAGGAUGCGGCGAGUGAGAGUGGGGGGAGUGGGAGUGCGAGUGGGAGUGGUGGGUGUGGGAGUGGUGGGAGCGGGGGGAGCGGUGGUGGCGGCGGGGCGUUUGCGGAGGUUGGGGGGUGUGGGGCUGCGUAG